AUGGAUAGCACCAAUUAUUCAGCGGUGUCUGAGUUUGUGCUGCUUGGACUCUCUCGUUCUCGGGAACUUCAGAUUUUCUACUUUGUUUUCUUCUCUGCGUUGUAUAUUGUCAUUGUUUUAGGAAACCUCCUCAUCAUCAUAGCUGUGACUUCUGACAGCAGCCUGCACUCCCCGAUGUAUUUCCUCCUGGGAAAUCUUUCCUUUUUUGACAUUUGCCAGGCUUCUUUUGCUACACCUAAAAUGAUUGUAGACUUUCUGAGUGAACACAAGACUAUAUCCUUCACUGGCUGCAUAGCCCAAAUUUUCUUCAUUCACCUCUUUACAGGAGGGGAGAUGGUAAUCCUAGUCUCCAUGGCCUAUGAUAGAUACGUGGCCAUAUGCAAGCCUCUACACUAUAUGAUCAUCAUGAACCAUAGUACAUGUACUGCCUUGGUAUUACUCUCCUGGGCUGUGGGCUUGGUACACACAUUGAGCCAGUUAUCAUUUACUGUCAAACUGGCAUUUUGUGGACCCAAUGAAGUAGACAGCUUUUUUUGUGACCUUCCUCGAGUGGUCAAACUUGCCUGCAUUGACUCAUACGUUACGGAAAUACUAAUUGUGGUAAACAGUGGAAUUCUUUCCUUAAGCACUUUCUCUCUCUUGGUGAGCUCCUAUGUCAUAAUUCUUGUCACAGUUUGGUUCAAGUCCUCUGCUGCCAUGGCCAAGGCAUUUUCUACACUGGCAGCUCACAUCAUGGUAGUCGUGCUAUUCUUUGGACCAUGCAUCUUCAUCUAUGUGUGGCCAUUUACUACCUAUCCUGUGGAUAAAUUUCUUGCUAUAUUUUAUACUGUUUUCACUCCCAUCUUAAAUCCCAUUAUUUACACACUAAGAAAUAGAGACAUGAAAGCUGUCAUGGGAAAAAUUGCUGCCCAGUACCUCCGACCACCCAAAAUUGCUGAAAUGCCAUUUGUAACAAGGAUUCCCCAUGAUUGA